CAUAGGCAUGAGAAGAGCUCGUGAUGAUCGGGUGAUGAGGAUGAUGAUGGAGCUGUCAGGUGUGUUAGCUCAGGUGUGUGUGGAAGAUUCAUGACAAACACGCACGCACACACACACUCCAUCCAGCUGAUGCACGAUGGAUAUUUCAUUCAGUAAAUGGAGGAAAGUUGCGGUGAAUGCUUGACAUGCUGGGUGUUAAUCGUCGUGUGGAGCAGUGGCUUUAGUCCUGGAGUGCAGCUGUGGGAUGGAGAUGGAGCGUUACCUGGGAGAAAGCUCCAGUGCGCCUGCCAACACCACCAACGCCACGGCUACACCGGGAGCGGCGUUUCGCGUUAUGGUGGUGACGGAAAGAUUAGCCUUGGUGGCUCUGCUGGCCUUGCUAACGUUAUUGACGGUCGUCAUGAACGGUGCCGUCAUCGCAGCCAUUUGCACCACCAAAAAGCUCCACCUCCCUGCAAACUACCUCAUCUGCUCAUUGGCCGUCACUGACUUCCUGGUCGCCGUGCUGGUGAUGCCCAUUAGCAUCCUUUACAUCACCACGGAGACGUGGUCGCUGGGGCAGAUCGUGUGCGAGGCGUGGCUGAGCGUCGACAUGACCUGCUGUACCAGUUCCAUUCUGCACCUGUGCGUCAUAGCGCUGGACCGCUACUGGGCCAUCACUAAAGCCAUCGAAUACGCGCGCAAGCGAACGGCUCGCCGCGCGGCCGUCAUGGUGGCGAUGGCGUGGGUGAUUUCGGUGUUCAUCUCCAUACCUCCGCUGUUCUGGAGGCGUCGGGAGGAGGGCGGCGGCCCGCAGCAGUGCAUCAUAGAGCACGAUCACGUGGGCUACACCAUCUUCUCCACCUUCGGCGCAUUUUACAUCCCCAUGACGCUCAUCCUCAUCCUGUACUCGCGCAUCUACGGCGCCGCCAAGACGCUGUAUCAGAAACGCGGCUCGUCCAGACAUCUCAGCAGCCGCAGCACAGACAGCCAGAACUCUCUGAAUCACUGCCGGGUCACGCACGCUUUCUGCAUCUCCGACCCGUCCAAUUCCGACAACGCAACGGAAUUAGAACGAAACAACAUCACCGUUCGCAUGCCGUCGAUCGAUUUGGAAAUGGCGGACUCGGACGAGAGGAAUCAGAUCUGUACGUCCCGGGAGAGGAAGGCGGCGCGCAUUUUGGGGCUCAUCCUGGGGGCGUUCAUCGUGUGCUGGCUGCCCUUCUUUCUGAAGGAGCUGCUGGUGGGGCUGAAGAUGCUAAACUCGCCCCCCUAUGUGUCGGACCUUCUCACGUGGCUGGGCUACGUGAACUCUCUCAUAAACCCGCUGCUCUACACCAGCUUCAACGAGGACUUUAAACAGGCCUUUAAGAGACUGAUCAGAUGCAAAGGACACACAUAAAACCCUCAAUAAGACACUCGUGAAUAAAAUCAUGUGGAAUUAUUUCAAGUUCUGGAACUCUGUGUGCAUUUACUCUACAUUUUUCAAAAAUGGAGCAACCAGAAGGAAAAAUGUACACGAAACAUUCCUUGCUGGUUUCAUUUCUAAUGUUUCAAUAAAAUGCGAUGAAAACACACUUUCGGCUUUUCUACAACAUUCUUCAUUCUGAUGCAGCAGAUGAGCCAGAUCCAACAUUAGUGAGAUAUGCAUGUCCUGCACUAUGCAACCUAAAUUACAUAAUAUUAUAGUCAAUAAAAUAAAUAUUAAACACAAAAUAUUAAAGGAUGGACUUUAUAACAGAUUUUAUUACAUCUGAACAUGGGCAGAUGUUGCAAUAUUGAUUCCUCAUUUGAACAUGUUUAUUGAUUUAAUUGGUAAUAAAUUAACUAAAUCACUUUUCAUCCUCUUACUUUUUUGUAAAGUCUCUUUAACGAUUGCUUGAUGACAUCAUCUUCCGGGAUGCACAGAUUUAAUUUCAUGAGAUAUUUCAAAUGAAUCCUCUACAAAGGCGGUGCUAUCUUUGCUCACGUUGGUUGCUGGUCCACCAUGAGAAGUGAGAAACUGUUCGACACAACAGUUCUUAUUGAUACAUCCGCCCACAUUUAAGAGGAAUAAUGUGGCAUUUUAGACAAGCCCACUAGUAAAGCUGUCUUCUGAUUCACAGGGUCUCUGGGCAGCGUUCACUCCUUCCUACGCACGCAGCAGGGGAUAACAAAUGUAAUUCAUUUGCCAUGUCAUUAAACCAAAACACUUUAGUCGUGCAGAUCACUGGUUUAAAUUUAGAUUAUACAGUAUAGCCUACCUGUGAAAAUAAAUAAUAUACAUUUCCAUAUGUAAAUAUUCAUGUAAAAACACACUAUCGUUCAAAAGUUUAGGGUUCGUUCACUAAAAUGUUUUUUUUUUUUCUAAAGCCAUAUGUCUGAAUUUGUUCAUUUCAUAACAAAACUGCCCAGCAAACACAGAACGUUCCCCUAACGUUAGUUUUUGGUUCCCUUUUGGAUAUUUUUUGGGACCCAAAAAAUAACGUUACAAGAAUGUUCUUUUCAGGUUUUAUUUUUUGCAACCAGAAAAUAACCAAAAAGUAACGUUCCCUGAUGGUUAUUUAUUGUUUUUUUAAACCAGAAAAUAACUUCUCUGAUGGUUAUUUAUUGUUUAUUUUUUUACUACCAGAAAAUAACCAGAAAACAACGUUCCCUGAUGGUUAUUUUUUUGCAACCAUAAAGUAACGUUACCUGAUGGUUAUUUUUUGGUUAUUGUUUUGCAAGCAGAAAAUAACCAGAAAAUCGUAAAUAAACGUUCCCUGAUGGUUCUUUUUUUGGCUAUUUUUUAAUGGUAAAAAUAGUCAAAACUGGUAAACGUCAGUGACGUGCAAUAUGGAAAUUAUAAGAUCACAUUAACACAUGUUAUACUGACCAAAUGAAAUUAAUAAAUGUGCCCUUUAAUGGCUGAAAAUAAUAAACUAGUUAAGCUAAAUGAAAAUACAAUUAUAUAUAUAUCCAUGUGUAUUUCUUUGGUUGUCUGUUACUGUAUGUGUGUGCGCUCGAGCACGUGCAUACUUCUCUGCCGCGCACUCCGGUCAUUUAAAAAUUAACGGUCAUUUCGUUUUACCUCACCCACUAACACAUUAGUUUAGCGGUUUAUUUAUUUUAAUUUUUUAUUUAAAAACGUACAGAUUCGAGAGUAAGCUUAUAUUUUCGUGAUUUUAGAUUGAUUUGACACAUCUAAAUCAACAGACCAUGAUGUAAGGACUGAAACUCAGGGCUUUUGAUUGUUAUAUCUAAAGACUGAUCCACCCUAUACUUCUGUGGUGAGACAAGAAUAUUGUUAGCCUGAAGAUAAUUAAAUGUUUAUUCUUCUGUCAAUA